AUGCAGGAGGAACCUGGACCUGCAGAGCGACUGAUUGGCGAAGGCGCCAAGAUUGCCAUCUACUUUGGCGCAAUGGAUGGAGGUGAAAUUGGCCCUACGGUUGAGUUCGUCCACGCCGAGGCAGUUCAUCUCACGUGCCCUGAAUUCCUCAAGAGAGUCACUAAAUGGGGCAUCAUAUCGCUUCCAUUCGCUCCCGCGGACACCAUCAACGCCAUGGUGCGUUUCUUCUACACUGGAAGAAUCCCAUUUCAUGACGUACACAAGUUCACUCUCCGCCAGGACGUCGAAGAGGCUUAUGAUCUUGCAAUCCAUGUCUAUUCUCAGGCUGUCUACAGCGACAUUACCAAGAUGAAAGAUCAGGCCACCGAGUAUAUGACGAGCCUCUUUCCGUACAUGGAGCCCACCCUCAUGCUGGCCUACACCUACAGUGUCCUUGAACCCCUGUAUCCCGAGCUCAACUUUAAGUGGGUUGAAGUCCAAGCGAGACUUGUGAGCAAUUACGAACCCAACGACAGACUCAUGGAGGUCGUGGAGGCUGAGCGUCAGGCGGAUGUGCAACGCUUCAAGGAGUCUAUCGCCCGCCGGGAGAACGCCUGGGUCAAGAUCAACGGGGAUGGCCAGGAGGAGGAGUCUAGUGAGGAGUCCGGUGAGGAAACCGAGGUCGAGGAAGCAACCGAAGUCGAGAGUGAUGAAGCAGCUGAAGGUGAAUCUGAGGUUGAAGAAACCGAGGCUGAAGACACCGAAGCUGAAGAGACUGGGGUUGCGACCGAGGCUGGGACAGACGAUGAGUCCUAUGACAGCAAUGGAAAGCUCAGAAUCGUCGGAGACGAUGGCCUCAUCAACCUCGACCUGGCCAACUACCCACCCGGUGUUUACCGCUGGUAA